GAGUCAAAAAAAAAAAAAAAAAGAAGAAGAAGAAGAAGAAGAAGAAGAAGAAAAAGAAGAAGAAUUGAAACGGUGGGAAAGGGUUGAAAGCGCUGAAAUCCCGUCACAGUUUUUCAGCUGCAAUGGGAAGGAUGUAGUCCCGAUUUAGCUGACUGUGUCGGGCAUGGGAAAGUGGAUUACUGCGUUUUCUGACACCCGUGGACCGCGUAGAGAGCUCGCGUUUGGAUUCUAACCAAGCCAAGUAUGGAAACCGCACCAUCACGCACGAGUUUAAAGCCACUGCAGGGAGUGCUCGAGAUGCAGCGUCGAGGCUAGAGGCAGCGGCCGAGUGAGCGCGAGGCAGCAGGGAAGCCCCUCUGGAUGAGCCAGCCACAGGCACCCAGCCGCACAGUACAGGAAUAUAACCACUUAAUAUGUCAACAGAGGCCGAGCUCCAGCCUGCUGCCAGACCCAGCGUCAAAAAGGAUUCCAAGAGGAGAGGGCAGGACCGCACUGAGGCAGCUCUGAUAAAGCGAUUUAAAGGGGAUGGUGUCCGCUACAAGGCCAAGCUCAUCGGCAUUGAUGAGGUCACCGCCGCAAGAGGAGACAAGCUCUGCCAGGACUCAAUGAUGAAGCUAAAGGGGAUCGCAGCUUCAGCACGCUCGAAAGGAGAACACAAGCAGAAGGUUUUUCUUACAGUGUCCUUCGGUGGGAUAAAGAUCUUCGAUGAAAAGUCAGGGGUUCUUCAGCACCACCAUGCAGUUCAUGAGAUUUCCUACAUUGCAAAGGAUAUCACGGACCACCGGGCUUUUGGCUACGUGUGCGGGAAAGAGGGCCACCACCGAUUUGUAGCCAUCAAAACAGCUCAGUCUGCUGAGCCGGUGAUCCUCGACCUCCGUGACCUUUUCCAGCUGAUCUACGAGAUCAAGCAGAGGGAAGAGAUUGAGAAAAAGGCUCAGAAAGACAAGCAGUGUGAACAAGCAGUUUACCAGACCAUUCUGGAAGAAGACGUGGAGGAUCCGGUGUACCAGUACAUUGUGUUUGAGGCGGGACACGAGUCCAUCCGUGACCAAUCAGAGGAGAGCAUUUAUCAGGUCCCUACCAGUCAACAAAAGGAGGGAGUGUAUGACGUCCCAAAGCGACAUCCAAAUAUUCACCAAUUAGAGCUUUUUGGAGACAUGUCUACUCCUCCUGAUAUAACCUCUCCCUCAACCCCUGCCUCUCCAGCUACGGUUCUAGACCCAACGCUGCUUCACCAGCCCCCCUCAGAGCUGUUUGCUGCAUUCAACCCUGCCUCUGUGCCUGCCUCAGGUUAUGUGACAAUGGGAGCAGUGCCCCCGGGCUGGGCACAGCAGCAAUUCGCAGCCCAAGCACCGCUGGCAUUCGGAGUUCAGUCACCAGUCCCCAUGGCUCAGGUGUUACCCGGUGGGCAGCCGCUAAUUUGGGGCCAGGCCAACCUCUUCCCCGCCAUGCAGCAGCAGUGGGCAGCUAUGGCCGGAGCCCACUUCUCACCUGCUGCCUUUGUCCCUGCACAGACCAUGGGACCACUCCCAGCUGCAAUGUUCCAAGCACUGGCACCCAUGCAAAUGGCGGCAGCAUGUCCCACUGCUGGUCCUUCCCCAGGCACACCAACCGCAGGCACCUCAGCUUCCACGGCAUCUAGCCCUCAACAUGGCGAGCACUCAUUGCCUGGACAUACCAAGAUGAACAAGGAGAUGUUCAAGGACUUCCAGAUGGCCAAGCCGCCACCCGGAGGUACACGUAAGAGUGAGCAACCCAGUCUGGCAUGCACCACAGAUGCUUUUACUAGCUACUUCAGUAGGGUGGGACUGGCACAGGACAACGAUGACUGUGACGACUUCGACAUCUCCCAAAUGAACCUGACGCCCGUCACCUCCACCACACCCUCCACCAACUCACCUCCCACACCAGCCCCUCACCAGAGCUCACCGUCUAAGGCGUCAUCGCAGGCCAGUGACCCGCCCACUGAUGACUCGUUCGGGGAAGCAGACGGCAGCCCCAGCCGCAGCGGCGAGGAAGACGCUGCCGGAGACACGCAGUCUCCGAGUGUGAGUGAGCCUCAAACAGAGCCCGGUGGCUCUGAGCCAGACAGUCCUAAGGUCGGUAGCUAAAUAGCAGCAGGUCGGGGGGAAGGACCCUCUCUACGCCAAGAUCUGCAAAGGGAAGAAGUGAAGGAUCAUGGGAGGACUGCACACAUCUGAACAGUGCUCAGGGUGGAGCAAGAGACCAAACCCUUAGAGCCACUAUGGGUGUGGAUGUGGGUGUGUGUGGGUGUGGGUGUGUACGUGCAUAUGUGUGUGUGAACAAGAGAACAAAAAUGUGAGUGAAAUAAAGAGAAACAGAAGUGACAGGCUGAUGACUGUCUGUGUGUAUGUGUGUGUGUGUGUGUGUGUGUGUGUGUGUGGUUGCAUGAGAGUGAAUGGUAUUCAGAGCUCACCUGUGAUGGAUCACUCCAGCCUUCUUGACCUUCAGUUCCCCUCUGGUUCUCACUCUGUGUGGAGAAGUGCAGACUGGACGCUCCUCUCUUUUAUCUGUCCUUCCAUUGAGCUCUUUGUCGCACAGUGUUUCAUACACUCAUAAACUGAACAUGGAAUAUUAGAUACAGCUGAUGAUGAUGAUGAUGAUGAUGAUGAUGAUGAUAACGAUGAUGAUCUUCACACUAUUGUUCACUAUGUGUCAUUCCUUUGAUCUCUCUUUCUGUGUCAAUCUCAUACCAUCUAGUCAAGGUAAUAUGAGUGCAAAGUCUGAUAGGUGCCACAUUCCACUGUAUACACACACACACACACACACACACACACACACACACACACACACACAAAUAUACUCCCUCACUUAAGUGAGAGUUCAAGAAAUCAUUGCUUCAUGAUCCAGGCAUAAUCCCAGUCUCUGCACUGUUUUUUCUCUGCAUUGUCCAGGCCAGAGCAAUCGAUUACAGAGUAAUCCAUUUGAUCCAUCCAUAGGAUUAUGUGAUUUAUCCAUUUGGGUUUGUUUGGUUUUGCUCCCCGAUCUCUUUGAGAUUCUGCUGCUAGAGAGCUAUGCAGAAACGACAAAAAAGAGACUUCGUCUUUCUCUGUGGACCUUUCAGACAGAGAUAUGACUCAAGGAGUGACUUUGCCAAAAUCUCUUUCUUUUCUUUCUAUCUUUCUUUCUUUCUUUCUUUUUUUGCUGGAAAGACUUUUGAGCAGCUCAUACGGAGAAGACCUUGCGACGGAGCGGACGUUUCCAAAACAAGCUGUAUCUGUGAUCGAACUGUUCCUUCUCUAUAGCUUUUAUAUAAUACCAAUAAGACAAAAAACAAACAAACACUAAAAAAAAAAAAAAACAUUGAAAGCGGGAUUUUUAUUUUAUAAGUCGUGAGUGGAGUGGAGACCUUGAGGCCGACUUGAGACAUGUUUUAAGGAUAAACAAGGCUUUAAGGCAUCAGAUCAUUGGUUUGCCAAACUCAUUUUGUAAAUAACAGUAAUGCCAACAAUAAUGCUGAUGAUGAUGAUGAUGAUGAUGAUGAUGAUGAUGAUGAUGAUGAUGAUGAUGAUGAUAGAAAAAUGUUCAUUCUUUCUGCCGGACGUCUGUGCCAUAAAAUAGGCAGGCUUAAGUGAUGCAAGCUCAACAUGGAACCCAAGCAAUAUCUACAUGUGUCUAAAAUUCCCCUCUGUGAUUUACGUCGCUGUCGAACGUCUGUGCAUGUUUGGUUUACUUAAGUUGUGCACAUCUUUUGGAUACAGCGGAGAAAAGCUGGCGGUUAAAAUACCUCAAGUGUCACAGCACGAGGCUCAUUUUUAUAUAUACUGUACUUCAAUAUGAUAAUUGAACAAGUAUAGGCUUGACAGAGUUUCUUCAAAACCUAAUUUUUUUUUAAUUACUGGGUGUGAGUGAAAGUUAAAACAACACACCUGAGCCUUAAACUCUUUCCAAAAGGAUACAGACUUUCCAAAAUACAUGGACUUGCAUCUCCUAAGAUACGUUUCCAAAGUGUAUGUUUUCUUUUUUUUUCCAACAAAAAAAUCCUGUUACUGUAUUUAAAACUAAACAGGCAACAACAAAAAAAAAUAUAUUAAUAAUUUGCAGUGCUGAUCACAGACUGGGUCACGUGCUCAUAACCUUGUGGUAUUUUAAUGCAGUCAGGUCUCAUUCUCAAGCUACCCUGCCAUGUGGGUUGCUAUUUAAUUUUUUUUUUUUUUUUUUAAUCCUUUGCUUUUAUAUGUCACCAAGCAUACCGGCACAACCACAAAACAUGCAUGACCUCAUUCAUUUAUAUGUGCAUUCCCAAACACACACACCCAAACACACACACACACACACACACACACACACACACACACACACACUCGCAGUCAUGUUUAAAUUCACCUUAUUGACCAUUUCUGGAAAAUUACCUUUGGCUUCACAUCCAGCCAAAACUUCAAUUAAAGCAAGAUCCCAAAUUGCUAGUUACAUGUGUGAGUGUACAGUAUGUGAGUGAGAGAGAGAGAGAGAGAGAGAGAGAGAGAGAGAGAGAGAGAGAGAGAGAGAGAGAGAGAGACAUGAGCAGCCAGUUCUCCUUGUAUUUCAUUCCACAUAAUGAUUAAUACUCCCUAUUUUAUGGCCAGUGUCCUGUUUUAAUCUGAGAGCCAUUUUGGCCCUAAAAGUUCAUAAACUUCACUUGGGAUAUAAUAAGAAGCUUGUGAAGCCAGGAGAAGAGAGGGAGGAUCGUAAUGCUUUGACUAUGUUUCUAGACCUGUUUUAACUUUACCUCAGCUAAUGGUUUGUUAAUGUAAAAGAACGUCUUAUUUUUAUCUCAGUGAAGAUGACAUUCUACAGUGGAUUUUUAGAUUUUUUUUUCCCUCUUUGGUUUACAUAUCCCACCAAGUAAUACUGUACCAAUAAACACAUGAACAAAUUAGA